GUUUUUUUGUUUAUGUUCUGUCAUUAACUUUAAUGGUGAUUAAAUUUAUGUUCAAUUAACUCAACACAAUUAUCGAUAAUUGUUAAUUCUAAUUUAAGGUUAACUCUUUGUUUCAUUGGUACAAAAUUCUGAUCAUCUAACCAAUUAGUUAAUUCAAUUUGUCUGCUUACCUUUUUUACCUUUUCUUUUACCGUCCCUUUUGUUUGCCUAUCUUAGUGUAUUUAUUUGGUCUCUCUCUCUCUCUCUCCCCUUUAACUAUUAAUCAUUUGUUUCUCUCUGUUUUAAUAAGAAAAGCUUUAAACUGAUCAUAGCUUUUUCUCUCAUUUUUCUCUCUCUCCAUUGUUGAAGAAAUUUUAUUCGUAAAUUGUGUUGAUUAUUGGCCAACAGUUUGUUUGUUUCCUCUUCAGUAAAAUAUACUAACCAUGAUUAAGCUUUUCUCAUUGAAGAAUCAGAAGAAAGAAGGUGAUGGCUCUAAAUCGGAAUCUAGUCAAAAAAGAGCUUCAGCAGCUCAAUUACGAAUAACUAAAGACAUUAAUGAACUGACUCUACCUAAAACCUGUAACAUUGAAUUCCCUGAUCCGGAUGAUUUACUCAACUUUCAACUAGUUAUUAUGCCUGAUGAGGGUUUCUAUAAGGGGGGUAGAUUUAUAUUUAGUUUUAAAGUUAGCCCCAAUUAUCCACAUGAUCCACCGAAAGUCAAAUGUAAGACAAAGGUUUUCCAUCCCAAUAUCGAUCUUGAAGGAAAUGUUUGUCUUAAUAUUCUUCGUGAAGAUUGGAAACCCGUUCUUACAAUCAACUCAAUCGUUUAUGGUUUACAAUAUCUCUUUUUGGAACCAAAUCCAGAAGAUCCAUUAAAUAAAGAAGCUGCUGAUAUGUUACAAAACAAUCGUCGUCUUUUUGAACAACAUGUAAGAAAAGCAAUGCAAGGAGGAUCCAUUGGACGAAUACCCUUUGAAAGAUGUCUCAAGUGAAUUUAAAUGUUAACCUAUUCCCGGUGAUCGACCAUAAAUCAAAGCAAAUAAAAUGGAAAAAAAAGAGAAAUGUGAUGUCAAAUUGUACCUGAUUAAAAAACACAACAGUUAAACGGUGAUGAUGAUUAGAAUGGUGAAAGAUGAUGAUGUUGUCAUAACAUUUUUAUCAACCAACAAACUCACAUGCACAUACACACACACACACAUACAAACAUAACAAUAAUAAUACCUGUACUACUCCUAAUCUACAAUAUAUUAUAUAAUAUUAA